AUGGGCGCCGGUUCUGAUCAUACCGUGCGGUCAGAACCUUUCGUGGUUCCGCCCGUCACCGACAAGACUCCUGAAGCACCACCAGUUUCUCCUACAAAGGUUUCAUCCUCUGCCCCGCCGGAAGGUUCCAUACCGGCUAGUUCCCCCGUUAUCUCUCCAGCCAAAUCUCCCGCCAAGGGUCCUCCUGCACCCCCGCCGGUAUCUUCAAAAAGUAAGCCUCCAGCUGCUCCUACCGCCGGUGCCAAGAAGCUAUCCUCCCGAAAGACUACUGCAAUUACCUUGGAGCAGCUUUCCGGGGCACUCGAGGCCACUCUGGCUCAACCAACCGGCUCUCGGGCUCUUACAUUACAUACCAGCCGAGCCGCAGCCUCUAUUGGCGACAAGCUGUCCCUGCAGCUUGCGCCGGAUUAUUGA